CAACCAAUUCUUCAUUCCUCUUCUUCUUUUGAAACAUUUGAGAGAAAAUAAGAUCCCCCACAUCUCUCAUGAACUGUGGAAUCGUUAAGGGUUUCUAUUGUUGGGGUUGGGAGUUCUUAAUUUCCAAUCUUCUCUUCUCCCACUAGUAAGAUCACCUUCUUCCUUCUCCUAAUUAAUCACUUUUUAAGAAUAAAGAGAAUUAGGACAAGCCAACAUGGUUCAGGCAAUCUCUGAGGAAGAAGAACAUGAGUUGGGUUUGUUAGAAUAUGUUAGAAGAUCUUCUCCUCCACCAUUCUUGUCCAAGACUUACAUGCUUAUCGAAGAUCCGAGCACCGACGACGUAAUCUCAUGGAAUUCUGAUGGAUCUUCUUUCAUAGUAUGGAAACCUGCUGAGUUCUCAAGUGAUCUCCUUCCUACCCUCUUCAAGCACUCUAAUUUCGCGAGCUUCGUUCGACAACUCAAUACUUAUGGAUUCCGAAAAGUCACGACGAACCGGUGGGAAUUUUGUAAUGACAAGUUCCGCAGGGGUGCGAAGGAAUUACUAAGCGAAAUAAGGAGAAGAAAGGCAUGGACAAGUAAGGGUAGUACUAAUGCAACUACACAAGCCCAAACUGCACCACAAGAGUCUGAUGAAGAGCAAGGAUCGACAUCGUCGAUGUCGUCCGGUUACAACAGCCUCUGCAAUGAAAACAAGAGGUUGAAGAGGGAGAAUGGAGCCUUGAGCUCAGAGUUGGUGAAUAUGAAGAAGAAAUGCCAAGAACUUCUUGAUUUGGUGGCUGUUUUCACUACUAGUUCAAAGAAUGAUAUAGAAGAAGAUAAAAGGCCUAAAUUGUUUGGAGUAAGGUUGGGGGUUCCAAUAGUGGAAGGGAAGAGAAAGAGGGUAGAAAUUACUGAGGGUCUUCAGAUUUUAUUAUCUCAAUCAUGCAAAUAGUAACAUGUAUUAAUAAAAAUUAAAGUAGUAAACCACUUACAAGCAAGUGGAUUAAUUAUGAUCUAAUACCAUUUUCUAAUUGGGUUUUGACAAUUAGAUAUAAUGGUAAAUUAAAAUGUCAGCUUAAGCAUGUCUGUAAGUAUAUGCUAAAAGCAUU